AUGCCUUCGCCACAGGACGCGGAGGCCCACCUGGCGCACCACUUUGACAGCAUCCAGGACAUCGCGGACACCACCACCAUGCCGUCCCUCCUGCCUGCGCUUGGGGCAGCGGUGACCCGCAGCACCGGGGUCCAGCCCUUGCUGGAGCGCUUGCGGGCAGGGGUCUCCGGGGACGGCGCCCCGCUCUCCGCGGCUGACAAGCUGGGCGUUUGGGAGGAGCUGAAGGUGGCCUCCCUGGCGCAGCUCCUGCUCACCACCCGCCUGCUCCCACUGCUGGCGCUGACGGUGCGCUGCCAGCUCAACGUGCUGGGGCGCUACCUCUACCUCGAGUCCGCGCUGGACGAGCGCGGGCCCGGGGCCCUCCACGCCGGGCUGGACGGCGCCGAGGUGCUGCGGCGCCUGUCCGCCGCCCUGGAAGCCAUGUCUGCCAGCAAGGAGGACGCGGCCUGGAGGGAGAUGGUGCUGCCCUCGCCGGCGGCGGUGGCGGCGGCGCUGACUGUCUCGGCGCCGGAUGACAGGGCGUUGCUGCCGGGGUCGGAGGGGCUGCUCGUGGAUGCUGAGACCGUGGAGGGCAUGCUGGGGGAGAAAUGCACGGCGGAGACGGCUCGCUUGUUUGCCGACGCCCUUGCCGCUCGGAUGGGAACCAUGACUCUCCCCCUCGCCAAGGUCAUCCCCAUUUUGGUGGCUGUGGCUGACGAGGCGUUCUUUCCCGGCUCCCAGGCCUCGGCCCACUUGUCAGAGCUGGCGGUUGUGAAGGAGCUGGCAGCCAUGGUGUAUGCGAGCGGGCCGCCCCAGGACUGA